UAAGUGCGUUUGCUCACCUAGUUUUAAGAUGAAAACGCACUGAUCUAUUUAUUGUGACCGCUAAGCGAUUGUCGCGCUUAGCAGACCACAAUGAUCACACGUAAACGUUAUGCUCAACUUUAUUUCAACACCUAACAUCUCAUGAGUGACAUCUCCAACAUGCUUAUCUUUAUCAUUUUAUAUACGACCCUCAAAGUCUCUUCUGCUGACGUCACAUCAGCGGACAUGGAGUUUCUAAACGAGAUGCCAUUGGAUAAGCUACUAAGGCUGAAGGCGUCCUUGCAGGAUCUUGUAACUGCUCAGUACGAUAACGUUACGACGACAACGCCAACAAACAUACAAAGGUUUGGAGCAGAAGCCAUGGCCAUUCAAGCACCACCCGUCAAAAGAGGAGACUACGAAGAAGGAUUGUACAAGAAAGAAGGAUACAGCAAGAUCAGCAACAUAUUUUCGAUGUCCGUUACUACGCUUGCAUUCUUGGCUUUUGGCGGUUACUUAUUGUGUUUGAUAGUGCAAGCGGUUAAGGCUAAACAGACUUACAACGCCUCUAUUCCUACGACGCAGCCUACAACGUUCUUCGUGAGUGCAGGCAUUAAGAAAAAACCGCAGACCCAUUUCGCGUCAUAUGGGAGAAGGAGGAGGGACAAUAGAUUCAGAAGGAGUUUGAAGAUGGUGGAUCUGCCUCCAGAGCAAUUGUUUACAGCGUUAUUGCAAGUGUGUGAAGGGUACGCGAAGUGGAGCGAAGGAGAGAUAGUAUAGGACCUUGUAAAGUGGUUAAGUGAUUAAGGUUGUGUGGUUUUUAUAUCAAUUUUUAGUCAGAAAUAUUAUAUAAACUUAUCAAAGUGCAAAAAAAUACAAGUGUUGCCUAAAAAUAUACACAAAUGUAAACUGCGUGGGUAACACAGGGAUUUAUUUCAAUACACUUCGGUUUUCCAGGUACAUAUAAGCUUUAAAAGUUAUUUGUGUAUUUCAUCUUAAUAAGAAUCAGCACAUAAAAUCUAUGAAGAUAUUAUUAUUUUUCACUAAAAAGCCGAGAGCUACAAAACGCUGUUUACAUUAAAAGCAGGAAGCCAGAUUGCCCAGCAAUAUACCUACAAUCUGUAAACGUUUUCAAACUGUCAAAUAAUCACGCUAACACCUAAUAAUAGCUGCAUCUUCGCUUUAAAGAUUCUAUUGUACAUUCCUCUUAAGUGAAGAUUUGCUUUUUGAAAGGGUUAAUGAAGAACGUGCUUUGACGUAUUUUGUUAGAGUUUAAAUUCGAGUGUUGUUGGUGGGAUUUUUAUGAUAUUUUGGAACGUAUUGAGUGUUGGGUUUUGUUUGUAAGAGCGUGUAAUGAGGGGGCUGCGUUCGGUCUGUCAUCGCGUUCGUUCUAGUGUUUACAGGCCGGAGCCCACAUACACUGUUAGCGAUGCGAAAUAGCCGUGUAACGUGUCUUAUAAAAAUAAAUUUUUAAUUUAUCUACCAGCCAUAAAACUGUUUGUAAUUUACAAAAAAAAAACUUGGAUUUUAUACUCAUUAAGAUUGUUUAAAAUUUUCUUUUUAUAAUAUAAAAUUUUCAAAUACAUAUAAUUAAUGAGGUAUUUUGUUAUUUCGCUUUUAUUCUUUGUUAGAUUUGUGUUAUACUGGUUCCGAUAAAUAAGUAAGUUAUUUAUCGAUAAACAUUGAACAAGUCACUUGGAAUGCAUUGAUUUACACACGUUUUUACAACCUGAGAUUAACUACGUGUACCGUUAAACGAGUUUAACCAAAAACAGUAGCAGCUGUCAAUGUGUUCUCUAUGGGACUUGUAGAUAAAGACCCUAACGCACCAUAUGCCCGCCACCAACAGAGAUGGUGUAAACAAACUUGCGUAUCUCAGAUAAUUAUCUUA